AUGAUAGGAUUGGAACUCAUACCAAUAGGUACAAUUCUAACUGUUGUAACAAACCAAGUUUUGAGAACAGCUCAUGCUGCAGCUGAUGUUCUUGUCGGUAAAGAGAGUUUCAAGGCUCUUUCGAAAUAUCUAUUCGAUAUCGAGCCAGUACUAAAGGAGUUACAGCGUCAAGAACUGAAUGAUUCUCAACCUGCAAGAUUUGCUCUAGAGUCCCUCGAAGCAGAUGUUAAAAGAGCUAAUAAUUUGGUUGAGAAAUACAAGAAUCGCGGACGGUUCUACUUACUAGUUAAGUGUCGUUCGAUAGUCGAGGAAGUUGAGCAAGUUACAAGGGAUAUUGGAUGGUCUUUAGCUGCACUGUCGAUUGCGAAUACUGAAGUGCUGUCGAGGAUUUCUGAUCAGGUUGAUAAGCUACAAGAUGAGAUGCAAAGAGUUGAGUUCGAGGCUUCGCAAUCUCAGCUUGAGAUUGUUGAUAAGUUGAGCCAAGGUUUAAGAGAUCAGAAGCAAGAUCAGGCUUUCGCGAAUGAUAUACUCAAGGAGAUUGCAAUGGCGGUUGGAGUUCCCAUGGAACCGUCCGAGAUAGGAAAAGAGUUGGCCAGCAUUAGGAAGGAGAAAGAAGAAGCUGCUAAUAGGAAAGAGAAGGCAGAAUUUGUUUUCUUGGAGCAGAUCAUUAACUUACUCUCUAGAGCUGACGCGGCUAGAGAUUAUGAAGAAGUUAAGAAUCAAUACUUUGAAAGGGUUCAAGUGAUAGAAAGAUAUGGUUCGAGGGAAAAAUAUAUCGAACCGCUUAAUUCUUUCCUUUGCUGUAUAACAGGAGCGGUUAUGGUUGAUCCUGUUAGCCUUAACACAGGUACAACAUGUGAGAGAUCAGCCAUUGAAGGCUGGUUUUACGACGGAAACAGAACGGAUCCGAAAACAAAAGAGGUUCUUGAAGAUACUAGCUUGAAGUCUAAUAUUCCGAUAAGACAAUCGAUCGAAGAGUGGAGAGAACUUAAUUAUUGUCUUCUGAUAAGGUCUAUCAGGGAAAAUUUGUUAACAAAUUUUAAUCUGCAUGAGUCCUUGAGCCAAAUGCAGGCUCUAAUAGAUGAGAAUUCUAUUAACAAAGAUUGGAUCUCGAUUGGAGAACUUACCGAUAAUGUUAUCUCGAUCCUCGGGAACUCGAAUGAUAGAGAAGUGAAGAUGAAGAUUUUGAUCACUUUGAAGGAUGCUGUAGAGGGGCAUGCAAGAAACAAGGAGAAAUUGGUGGAAUCAGAAGGAUGGGAUCAUAUCAUUUCGUGCUUAGAAAGCAACUCUAACAUUUCAAAGGCAGCGAUUGAUUUGUUAUAUGAAUUGCUUCAAGACCGAUCUGGUUGGAAUCAAUGUUUUUGCAAAAAACUUUCUGAGAACGACACCGCAGUUCCAUUCCUUGUAACUCUUGUAAAGGACUCUGGAAAUGAUUCAGCCGAGGUUGCGCAAAAGAUUUUAAAGGAGCUUUUUGAAAUAAACGAAAGCAGCAUUAUCACUGCUGCUAGUUGUGGCUGGCAUAAGCCACUAGCUGAUCGAAUGAUUCAAGGACCUGAUUCAAGAAUGUCGAUGGCAAAAGCCAUAGUUAAUUUGGAGUUGGAUGAUUUAAACUUGAUGCAACUUGGCAAGGAAGGAGUUAUACCUCCUUUGAUCGAAAUGCUGUCUGGAAGUAUUGAAUCGAAAGAUUUGUCAUUAUCGGCUCUUGUUAAAUUAGCUGGAUCUCAUGCCAACAAGGGAAUUAUCGCUUCCUCUGGAGGCGUUCCUCUUGUUCUCGAUUUAAUGUUCUCCCCUCGGACAAGGGCUUUCAUUACCAUUAAAUGCUCCGAAAUUCUUGAGAAACUUUCUUCUUCCGAUGAUGGAAUUGAUUUCUUUGUUGAUGGAGAAGGGAAACAACUUGAGUUAGAUUCCAUCAUCACCAAUUUGCUACAUUUGCAACAGACUUCGAAUUCAGGCCAUAACCUUCGAAAGCCUACGCUACGCGCUCUCCUCGGCAUUUGCAAACUUGAGACUGGUUUUGUGAAGAAAGCAGUUCUUGCAGCCAAUGGUGUAUCUCUAAUUCUUCCACUUCUUGAUGAUUCUGACUCAGAAAUCCGAGAGACUGCGAUAAACCUGCUCUUUCUUUUCUCUCAGCAUGAACCAGAAGGUGUAGUUGAAUAUCUCUUCAAGCCUAGAAGACUAGAAGCUUUGAUUGGAUUUCUUGAGAAUGACGACAACGAUAACGUACAAAUGGCUGCAGCCGGAUUACUAGCCAACCUACCGAAAUCAGAACGAGAACUAACAUCAAAGUUGAUUGAAAUGGGAGGACUUGAUGCAAUCAUAAGCAUUUUAAAGACCGGAAAAAUGGAAGCAAAAGAACAAGCUCUCAGCGCACUCUUCAGGUUCACGGAUCCUACAAACAUUGAAUCACAGCGUGAUUUAGUUAAACGCGGAAUAUAUCCUUUGCUUGUAAACUUUCUCAACACCGGUUCAAUCACAGCAAAAGCAAUAGCAGCAGCUUUCAUCAGUGAUCUUUCCAUGAGCACUCCAAAGCUAACAGAUGUUUCAAAACCAACAGGUUGCUGGUUUUGCAGACCAUCGCGCAUUCCUCUAUGCGCAGCGCACGAUAGCGUAUGCAGCGCAACAACCACAUUCUGUCUUCUGGAAGCAAAUGCUUUACCUGGUUUGAUAAAGCUGUUACAAGGAGAGGUUCAUGCAACUGCUUUUGAAGCAAUACAAACACUUUCUACAUUGGUUUUAGAGGAGUUUCCACAUCGAGGCGCUCGUUUGUUGCAUGAUUCGAAUGCAAUGAGGCCUUUAUUGGAGAUUUUGAAUUGGGGUAGUGAGUCACUUAAGGCAGAAGCUUUAGGACUUUUGGAGAAGGUUUUUGUGUCAAAGGAAAUGGUGGAGUACUAUGGAAUGACGGCGAGAUCGCGACUAGUUUGCUUGACUGGAAAUAAUAUAUAUGGGGAUGGCCAUCUCAGAAGGAAAGCUGCUAAGGUAUUGUCAUUGCUUGAACGUUAUUCUAAGUCUUCAUCAUCUGCUAUUUCUGGAGUUUUGGAGUGA